AUGGGAUGCAAACACUCAGCACCAGUUUCUGGAACCAAUGCCAAUAGCAAAGAAUAUGGACCAAUUCGAGAUAUCAUCGGAGGCGAUGCUGCCUCCAAGUCUUAUCCUCUUGUUGGCCCGGGAGCAAUCAUGAAACAGAAAAAUCAUGGCACAUACAUCAAGCCUGUCCAGUCCGACCUGCGAUAUGGAUGUGAUAUCAAGACUGCCGACAAUAUCUGCAAUCACAAUCGUCACCGAGCUGAGCAUUUUGGCUAUUUCACCUCGGGGCCUCGCCGUAAGGCAUUCAGCAAUGCAGUUGAGGAUGCCAAAGCAAAGAACAAACCGAUCACCUUCUAUGAUUCGAACACUGGUCUGCCUUUGUUCACUGCUCCCCGUGGUCGGUCUUGGGAAUCCUUCCUCAAGGAGAGCAAGAAUCACGGAUGGCCCUCAUUCCGUGAUGCAGAAGUCAACUGGGAAAAUGUCAGAUGCCUCAGAAAGGGAGAAGCCGUCAGUGUCCAUGGAACCCAUCUAGGUCACAAUCUGCCGGAUUCAAGUGGGAAUCGCUACUGCAUCAAUUUGGUAUCCAUUGCAGGGAAUCCAGAGGGAAUUGAUGAUUCCAAGCAGAUUUCGCUUUACACAGAUUCGACGAACUAG